CCACGACGCCCACGACAACAGUGACCUUUCCCCAAUCUUUCCCCUCAGUAACUUGCGCCAGCGACCGUCGACUUUCUCGCAGAUACAUCGCUGAGGUUUUGGAUGCCGCCCUCAUUAGACCAUGAUAACAGCUACGGCGAAACGAGCUCUCGAUUCCUCUCGGCUGGGUCGUCCACGCCGCGCAAGUCGCCAUCCCGACAAAGCCUAAGUCUCAACGCGCGGAAAUCGUCUACCUCACUACGGGCUGGGGCGAGCCUUGCCGAUGCGCUUGGGGAUGAUGGAGCUACUGGGAGGCAUUCGCUCGCGCACGAGUUGGCAGUGGCGUUGAUGCCCGAGCCUAGCGCGGGGUCGAAGCUUCUUGCGGAGGAGUUUGGCAUAGAGUACGACGAAGGGGCGGAGGGCAUAGACGAGCCACCAGAAGGUGCUCACGAAAUCGACGGGACGGGGCAAUCUCUGCAGGACGAGCUCGCUCCUGAGGCAGAGAAGGAGGUGGCAGAGCAGGCAGCACCACAGUUCGCGGAGGCGGAGCCGGCGGACGUCGAUCCUGCGUUAACGAGCACAAGCUCGAGCCCUACUUCACCGCGACAAAGGCGACAGCCCGAACAAGAUCCUAUGGCGAUCCUUGCGCAGGAUCUGGAGUACACGGACAAGUUCCUCUCGCACCUUCGUCGCCUCGACGCCGACCACGGACACGCUAACCUCGAGAGCCUCGCAUCCGAUAUGAUUCGCCGUAUCAACGACACCUCUCGGGAUCGGGAGGGGCAGGUGCGGGAGCUGCUAGAGUACGAGCGGGAGUUUAGGAAGAUUGCUGGAGAGGUGAAUGGCACUGACGUGCUUGGGCAACUGGACGUGUUGGAGAAGGUGAUCGACGAACCACCACCGGCUCCGGAGCCACGGCGGGACCUCGACCCCGUGAAUGAAGAAUCCUUCACGAGUUCUACGUCUGCUCAUGACUGGGAGGUCGACCCUGACCGGGACCAGCUAGGAGACACCGAAGAGGAGGACGAGGACGAGGCGUAUUCGACAACACCGGUCAAGGCGACAUUCCCUCCCCCUCCUCCACUGACCGGCGUUCCUACCCCCGCAAAUACAAUAUCGCAUCUCGCCUACCUCCGAACCUUCACAACCACUGCUGUAUCGUCUCUCGCUGUCAUUUCCGAACACACACAAGUGAACGCCGCUGCCACGACGGACGCGGGUCGGAAGAUCCGCGCGCUGAAGAACAAACUCACAGAGUGGCGGACAGAGUGGGACAGUGCGGAACGUAGCCGAGUGAAGAUCGAGCAGUGGGAGUCUGGUGUGGAGGUUGGUGUGCCCAACGCAGACACGCCCCGGUCAUAUCGGAGAGUGGACGGGAGGAAGUUCGUGCAAGAGCACCUCCAGGCGUUCGAAAAGGUCCUUGCUGAGGCGAACCUGAAGACGCAGCAGAUCAUGGCUGCGGCAGCGUAGACGGGAUUGGUAGAGUGUUUGCACGCGUUUCUUUCACUUCGGCAUCGUACCUUUACGAUAGCAUUGCUUAGAUUUCGUCGUGGAGGAUGUGCAUUGCGUACGCACAGCGGGUUGAUCUACUAAUUGCAUCUCAUCAGUCGUUCUUUGGCACUUAACGUUAUAUCCACGAUCGCUACAGCUCUCGUCGCACAUCCUACUGUUGUAGUGAACCCUGUAUGAUUUGGAAUGAUACCAACUACAACGGCGCACAUGGUGAGGCUCAUAACGCAACAUCUCGAGUCAUUCCAGAGCUGGCCGUUCAUAUCCAA